AUGGAGAACGAAAAUGAAAACGAGUCGAGCAGUGCCAACGUUCUUGAUAUCGUAAACGAGCAUACCAAAAACGAAUCUUCUUCUAACUUUACAGAACCACAGCGGGAAGUUCUUUAUCCAAGAAAACUUGAACGCCCUCCAUUCAAUAAAAAAGAGAGGGGAUUUUGCUGUCGAGAAGGAUGUAACAAUGAAGUAUACAGACGCAAAAAAAAUUUUGAAUCUUAUUGUUCGAGAGAUUGUUAUUGGGAAGAAGUCAACAAAUUAGAGAAAACUCAAAUUACAAUUCUUGAUGAAAAUGAUUUAGCCUACAUUCGUGUUGCUCGGAGAUUCAACAAAUCUUUGAAAACAUCCAAAAACAUUAAAGCAAUUUUAAGGUUACAAAUGCCUUUCUAUCUAGUUCAAAGGCACUUAGAAUAUAAGGAAAAGGUGGCAAAGGAGAAGAGGGGUUGUGAAUUAAAAGACGUCACACACCGAAUGUAUCAUGGAACUAAAAUCACUCGCAAAAACCAUGUAGGCCUCGAAAAUAUAGACGAGUAUCAUGCUUUUUGUACCGAAAGAACGUGUGGACUGUGCGGGAUCACAUUCUGUGGCAAUAAAAUUUCUUACUCUAAUUUCGUUCAUCUGGGCAACUUAAUGUGGUUUGCAAACGAUCCGAAAACGUCUUCAUAUUAUUGUGGAUAUAAUGAACCCAUAAAUGCAAUGUUUGUGGUAGAUGUCGUUGCACCUGAUUUCUUACCAAUUCUCACCGUUAAUAAGGAUGAGGCUGACGAAGAAUUGCAAGAUAGCAGGAUCUAUGUGUACAGUAAACUAAUAAAAGCUCAAAAACAAUUACCAACACCACCGCCUUCUGGUCCGAAUACACCGCAUAUAGUGUCAUCUUGUUCUGUACAAGGAUGCAAUCAAUACACGUCAACUGGACAUAAUAAUUAUUGUGCGCAGCAUUCAUUAUCACAUGCUUCUCGUCAAUUAAGAACUCCUGAUCAUGCUCAAUAUAAUAACAACAACAACAAUUAUAGCAAUAAUCAAAAGCAUCUUAGUGAACCAAUUGUAAAUGUACAAAAUUCGAGACAGCCAUCACCUAAUAGACAAAAUAACCGACAAAGUGAACCAUCUUUUCCCACAAAUCUUCAUACGCAACAACAUUUUAUUCGUAACAAUGGUUCAUCACCGCCGUUGUCUUAUAAUAGUCCACCUUCAUCGACUACGUCCCCUUGCAUAGAUCCAAGUUGUCAAAAACCAAAAUAUAAGGAUAUUCAAGGAAGGAUUUAUAAUCUUUGCGCAGGACUUGUAUGCGCUACUUCAGGUCGAUCUUCCACAUCGUUCAUUCCAAAUGUUCAAAAUCAAAAUGCAUUACAGAAUGGACAACGUCAACAAAUUCCCAAAUGCAAAAAUCCUGGAUGCAAUUUUUCAUGUUCCAUUAAUUCCAAUGGACAUCUACAAGAUACGUGCGGAUCACCUAAUUGUUUGCCGCAUCGAAUUCCAACAAUACUUAAACCACACGCACACACAAAACAUCCAAUGGUUCUUGCCUCAGCUAUACUCGGUCCAAUUGAUAAUGGACGAAAAUGUGCCAAUCCUAGCUGUGGUAAAACAGCAUUUACCGACCCAAAUAAUCCAAAUAAAUUUGAAGCGUUUUGCAGUAAUAGAUGUUUUUGGUUAGAGGUGUCUACACUAACUAAAACUAAACUAACUACAUUGCCAAGAAAUGACGCGGACUAUGCUCGAAUUGUUGGAUCAUUCGAAUUACCAUCGGUCACUAUUAAAGGAAUUUUACGAAUCCAAAUGCCAAAAUCUAUAGCUCAUCCACAUUUGGAAUUGAGAAAGGCAAUGGCAAAUAAUAUCAAUGUCGACCCUGCGUUGAUUACACAUCGAUUAUAUCAUGGUACAAAUGUAAAAUGCGGCCCACUUGGAAUUAUUCAUGGUGGUGUUUUCUGCAAUAAUCCCGAAUGUGGCAUGUGCGGAAUUGCGAGGGAAGGCAAUAAAUCUUCAAAAUCAAAACAUAAUGGAUACAUGUUUUUCACCAAUAGAUCACAAACUGCAUAUCAGUGUGCAGGUCAAGGUAAAACUAAAGCGAUAUUCGUCACUGAUGUUUUAUCAAUAGAACGCAAUUUUAAUUUCGUAGUGAAUACCGAUCAGGCUACACUACCUCGCUUCUUGAUUCUUUGUGAAUAA